AUGAACCACCAAGAUCAGAUAACAAACGAUACUCUAAGUAAUGAUACUGAGGAAGGGAGGCCAGAUAAGGAGAAAACCGAGUGGCCAGACUCUCCAACAUCCGCUGACUCAUUCUCCCAUGGGAAGCUCAUCGAGGAGGGGAACGAUGUAGAACAGCGGAUCAUAGACGCCGGCGAGGCGAAAUAUCAUCGCCUGGGAUGGAAGCGCCUUACGAUUAUGUUGAUCGUUGAAGCUAUAGCACUAGGAUCCCUAUCUAUGCCAUCUGCAUUCGCAACCCUCGGGAUGGUUGCUGGCGUCAUAUGUUCUGUUGGGGUAGGUAUGCUCGCCAUAUAUACCUCUUAUAUCAUUGGACAAGUUAAACUCGCAUAUCCUUUUGUGCGGCAUUAUGGUGAUGCCGGCACUCUAAUGAUGGGACGUACCGGGUAUGAAUUAUUUACUGCCAUGUUCCUCCUUCAACUUAUCUUUGUUACGGGCUCUCACUGCCUGACCGGUACGAUCGCAUUUCGCCAAAUCACGGGAAGCGAUGUUUGUUCUCUGGUCUUUGGUAUUGUCUCAGCCAUCAUCCUUUUGUUACUAGCCAUUCCUUCAUCAUUCGCCGAUAUGGCCUUCCUUGGCUAUAUUGACUUUGCAUCUAUCAUUGGUGCCAUUGGGAUCACUGUCAUCGCAACGGGAAUCAAGGCUUCGAACGAACCAGGUGGACUCCCAGCGGUGAACUGGUCUCCCAUUUCGCAGGACAGUCCGACCUUCGCCCAAGCAUUCAUAGCCAUUACCAACAUUGUAUUCGCAUAUUCCUUCGCCACAUGUCAAUUCUCCUUCAUGGACGAGAUGCAUACGCCUAAAGACUAUAUAAAAUCGAUAUGGGCGCUCGGACUACUCCAGAUAGUCAUUUACACCAUCACGGGUGUCACGAUCUACGCAUUUGUCGGCCAAGACGUCAAGUCACCUGCACUAUUGUCGGCUGGGACGAUGAUAAGCAGGAUUGCACUUGGUGUAGCGCUUCCAGUGAUAUUCAUAUCUGGUUCGAUCAAUAUCAUCGUUGCUGGUCGCUUAAUCCACGGUCGGAUAUAUGAAAAUAGUGUGAUACGAUAUGUCAAUACACCCAAAGCAUGGAUAGCCUGGUUGGCUGUAAUCAGUAGCAUUACAGUAAUCUCAUGGAUUAUUGCGGAAGCAAUUCCCUUUUUCUCCGAUUUGUUGUCUAUCUCUUCAUCGCUUUUCGCAUCUGGGUUUUCGUUCUACAUUCCCCCGGUUAUGUGGCUUAUGCUUCUGCGCAAGGGCAAGUGGUAUUCUAAAGAAAACGUGUUCUUCAGUGUUGUGAAUGGGUUGGUGUUUAUCAUCGGCAUUGUGAUCUUGGUUGGGGGUCUUUACUCCAGCAUUCAGGAUGUUAGGAGCAACUACAAGGCAGGCAAGGUCCACGGCGCCUUUAGCUGUGGCCCUGUCUAG